GUGUCGCUCCAGCUCCAUGGCCGGCGCCCGCGCUCCCCCCUUAUAUACCCCACGCUACCCCAUCCCUCUCAUCAUUCAUCACAGCAAUCAAGCGCAAGCAGCAGCACCGAGUCAACCAUCUCCAGCUAGCUAGCUCCGGCAGCAGCAAUGGCGCCCAGCUUCGGCCGCUCCAUCUCCUUCCCGCUCAGCCCGGCGCGCGCCUCCAGGGCCCGCGCCGCGGCCUACCACGUCCGCUCCGUCUCGCUCCCCUGCCACUCCCACCCGCUCCUCUCCCACCUCGCCGCCCAAAUCUCCGCCGUCCGCGCCUGGAUCGCCGCGCCCUCCUCGCCGUCCACCGGCCUCGCCCGCCUCGACGCGCUCCACGCCGCGCUCGCCGAGCUCCUGCUCCUCCCGGAGGCCCGCGCCGCGCUCCACAGCGGGUCCAACACCGCCGACUGCCUCCUCGACGGCUUCCUGAACCUCGCCGACGCGCACGGCGCGUUCCAGGAGUCGCUCCUCGAGCUCCGUGCCCACGCCGCCGAGGCGCAGACCGCGCUCCGUCGCCGCGACGACAGCAGGCUGGCCUCCGCGGUCCGGUCCCUGCGCCGCGCCGAGAAGGAUCUGGCCCGCCUCGCCGCCUCCGUGCGCGUGGCGGCCAAGUUCCCCACGCCCUCCGCGUCCACCAGCGCGGCCGAGGUCGAGGUGUCCGGGGUGCUCGCCGAGGCCGUGGCCACCGCGGCGUGCGCGUCCUCCGCUGUGUUCUCCUCCGUCGAGGCCGUGUCCGCCGCCGCCACCUCCAAGAAGACCACCGCGGCGUCCUCGCUUAGGGCCCUCGUCAUGCGGGCCAAGGCCUCCUCCGACGAGGACAAGGAGGUGGCCGCCCUGGAGCGGCUGGAGGAGGUCGAGGCGUGCGCCGCCGAGAUCGAGAGCGGCAGCGACAAGGUGUUCCGCAGCAUCCUGCACACCAGGGUCGCGCUCCUCAACAUCCAGACCCAGACCUGCUGUUGAAUGUUGAUCCAAUCCAAUGCCCUAGCUAGUGUAGCGUAGUCUAGUCUUUUUUGGAGGAUCAUUCUGAUCCUGUCCAAACCCUCAAGUGUACAUACACCAAUCGAUCAACGGAUUAAAGCAAAGCAAAGCGAAGGCUUUUGUUCCAUUUCCAUGGCAGACUGCUGUUGUCUUUCAACUCUCAUCACAAAUCUCACGAAGUACAAAAUAAUCAACUCCGAUGCAUUUUGUUCACGCAUGGAACACAAACGCAUGAUCAACUGAGGUU